AUGUCCAAGAAAGCAGGCACUCCUGCUUACGCGCCGGUCUACGUGGAGAGCAAGCUCUUAAAGCUUGACGACGUGUCGGUCGCCCAUGAUUCCGGCCAUCGGGACGUCGAUGAGGAUCGUGUCCUGGAGUUGUAUGAGGAGGUGAUUUUGGCCGGUCGUUGGGGCCAGGCUUCGUUGUCCCGACCGAAGCUGAGGUAUGAUCCUGCUGGUCGUCCUAUGGCCGCAUCUGAUGGCCGGUCGAAGCUGGCAGAUGGCAAGCACUGUAUCGCAGCGUUGAAGAAAGCUGCUGAGACGGUCGCUCAGUCCGAUGAUGCAACGCAGCUCGAGUGGUACACAGGUGAGAUCAAGGACAUUCUGACGGUCGGAAUGCGUUUUGAUUGCAUCAAAUUCUCGGAUGAUGAUGAGGCGGCGGUCAAGCUCUUCUACACCAUGGCCCAUGAGCAGGAUGCCAACAAGUUGCGGACGACGUCGGUCGAGCACAAGAUCAAACUUGUGCGUGCUUAUGUCGCCAAAGACGCCGAGAACGCCAUGGUGGAAAUUUUGGGCAAGUCACGCCGGUCAACAAUCCACAACUGGUGCAAAGCGACUGCAGUGUUAAAAGAGCCGGUCCUGAUCAAGCUGAAGGAGAAGCCCGACCUGCCACAGGGACUUGUUUUCACGAACAAGUACUUCGUCGGUCAAGGAGAAGAGACACGCUUCCUCCUGGAACCCGAGCAGCAGAUUGCUGCUCUGCAGCUUUUCUAUGACUUCUGUGACGGUCGCGGGACGGUCUCUUCCAUACCGACCUUCAUGUCUGACUUUUGUGCCCCAAUGUUGAAGGCACCGUUGUGGUGUCAGUUGGUCAUGAAGAAGUACUCGUCGGUCGUGAGCCGCCUACCAGCGUAUGACCGCUGUCAGAAGAUGCUGUGGAGUGAGCGUGGACGGACGUGCAUGCGUCUUGGCGUCGGUCUGUCUGGUGACCCGAAGAUCGAGGGCAGUGGCAUCCCUGAGUGUGUGUCGGUCCUCCAAGGGUUGAAGAAUCUGGCCGCUGGUCGUGCAGUGGAUGAAGCCGAAAGUGCUGUGGAUGCGGCCAAAGCAACGGUCACAGAGCACAAGCUGGUCGUUGAGGGGGGAGACGACGAGUCUGGGAUCUUGGCUGACGACAUCACGAUGGAGGCCCCACUGGUGGAGAAGGAUCCUGUUCUUGAAAAAGCUGAGGAGCUCGGCUUGUCGGUCCGCUCCAACAUUCAUCUGUUUCAUGACAUGAAGACCUUUGGUGAUGGCUUCGUCGGUCUAUGCCGGGCGACGACCCGUGGCGGCAUUUACAUCGAUGAGGCCACGUCGAAGGCCAAGAUCAUUUUGGGGGACAUGGCAGAGUUGUGGAAGGUCGUCACGUCGGUCGUAGAUCGGCAAUACGUGUCCAUGGGCAUCUUCUGUGGAAAGCGCCACGACUUAGUGACGUUGGUCGUGACAGGGACGGUCGACCCUCCAUUGAAGCGCCUUCGAGUCAAAACCUUCUUGAAAAACUUAGAUCAGAGCCGGUCGCGAUGGAAGCAGAUGUCAAAAAAGGAGAAACAACCCUUUGUGGACGCGGCGGUCAAGGAUCACAGAAAGCACAACGCCCUCAAGAGGGAGCUCGCUCAUCCUCCAGUGGAAGUCGACUCGCCGGUCAGAGACCCGAAGCCUGAGAAUGAUAGUGACCAGCAGCCACCGGUCGAUGAGAACCUCGUCAAUGAAUUGAGGUUCUCCUUUGAAGGCAUGGCACUUUCCAGUCGGUCGACCCUGGGACAAGGCGCCCAUGGCACAGUUUGCCGCUGUGAAAACUUGAUGGGAACGGAGUUCGCAGUGAAGUUGCCGGUCGGCAGCAGGGACGUGAAGAGGGAGCUAGACGUUCUCCUCAGUCUACGCCACCCAACCAUCCUGCAUUGUUAUGGGCCAGUCAUGUCGGUCGACGGAGGUCUCGUGGGCCUUCUUUUGGAGUAUGUGCCGGUGACAUUGGACGCUUGGCUGAAGACGCAGCCCAAGGCCGCAAAGUGCCCACACAAAUGGCAUCUGAUGGUCGAUCUUGCACAUGGACUCCAGGCAGACUUCGGCCUCACUGAGCCGGUCGGGACAGCUGUCUAUGGUGACGAGGUGUACUCUGCAGCGUACAGACCUCCGGAGCUUAGCGGGUCACAGGAACCCGGUCGUAGCUUUGCUGUAAGGGUGAGGUUGGCACCCACAGCUGAUCUUUGGGCGGUCGGGUGUCUCUUGUUUGAGAUCUUCACAACAUCGACACUGUGUCAUUUGUUUGUCACAGUGAAGGUGCUGUAUGACAUGUCCUUCAUCAAUUCCCGAAUUGAUAAGAACGUGCCGGUCGUCUCUGGCGCUCAAGAAGACAUAAGAGCUUUCUUGAAAAAGCUGCCGAACGAGCGACAGCAGCUGAGGCUUUUCAUUAUUGCUGCAGAAGAGAAGUACAUGGCAAUCGUGGUCAGUGCAAGUUUUGGGGUGCGACAAUCCAAUUGGUCGGUCGAUGCAACACUACAGCUAAGGAACCAGCUGCAGACGAUGAUCCCAAACCGUGAGGCGUACGUCAUCACCUUCACUGCCGGUCCAGAACAGUCCCGGAAUCGUCGACCGACUUACAUGGUCUAUUCACAGUCGGAGUUGUCGGUCUCUGCGAAGGAGGUGGUGCCGAUCCAUGUGACUGUCAACAAAUGCCGGUCAUUUGCCUAUGAGAAGUUACAGAUGCGCUGCACCGACUACAAUUGCAAGCUCAGGCCGUGCAAACCCAUGACAGACAUGCCGGCCCAUCCCACAGAGGAGUUGCCGGUCAGUGACCAAGAGCAGCCAGAGGAUAGCAAGACGUUGGACACCACAGAGGAAGCCGGUCCUGACACACAGGCGGUCGAAGCGUCCGUCGACAAGAAGUAUCCUGUGGAUUUGUGGUUGGUGGCCAAAUGCUGGGAUCACCAUGCGUCGGUCGUGCGAGAAGUCUUCCGUGGUGAUCAGUGCAGGUGGAUGGCGGUCUCCACACGCACAGCCCAUCCUUCCAUCUUCGUUGGGGUCCAGUCGGUCGUCUCCACAGUCAUAGGAAUGCAUGUUAAGCUCAGGCACUCCAUGGCACAUGGCCGAGUCUUGCUCGACGACAUGUGCACCGCCCUGAAACUGGAUGAAGCUAGCCGGUCAUUGAACUUGAAGCGCAAGGUGACAGACAUCCCGUGUGUGCCGGUCUUUAACCCCUAUGCAGCAGAGGGCUCAGUGUUCAAGCUGUUGGAGAUUCCGGUCGAGAGCACCUGGCGAAAUGGUAUCAACAAGUCGGUUGCCAACUACAAUGACAUGGAGAAGAAAUGCAACGAUCUCACACAUGAGGAGCUGGUCAAGUAUGACCUGGGAUUGUCGGUCAUCGACGGUCAUGUUGCACUCAUCACGACUGUCCCUAAAAAGGAGGGGGACUUGAUAUGCACAUGCAGUGCUUUGCAUUUCGACAACAUGGCAAGCCUCUUGUCGGUCGUGAACUCCGACAAAGUGAACCUCGCCAAGAAUCCUGUGCUCAGGACGGACUGCGUCGGUUUGACAGAGGAUCGCUCCUCGUCGGUCUGGUCACUGUUAAUUGGGGCUGCUAGCCACGUCGCCCCGCUCAGUAAAGCCGCAAAGCGAGCAAACGCGGCCUUCAACUUUGACAUCAGCCAGGGCGCCUCUGACGGUCUCAUCGCAUUGGUCGUCAAGACACGGAAUGGGUGUGGCAUUGCUGCAAAGUCGGUCGUGUCGGUCGACCUGGGUCCAGACUAUGAUCCGUCACAAGCCACGCCGGUCGAGCUCGCUGCCAGCAAGAAGCAGUUCAUGGAUAAGUGGUUUCAGGAGCCUGUGAAUGAGCCGCCGGUCAAGGAAGAGACAACAGUGGAGCCAGCUGGCAAAAAAACCCGAACCUCAGAGGCCAAGGCCAAGCCUUCGCCGGUCGCACCGGCUCCGGUCACUCCGGCUCCCGCUACUGGUCCAGUGCCGGUCGACAAGCCAGCCCCGUCUGCUGCAGCUGAGACUUCGCCGCCGGUCGUCAAAGCUGAUGUAACAGCCCCGGAGCCGGAGCUGAACCCUGCGUCGGUCGCCAAUUUCAUCGUGGGUGAUGCCACGUUUCGCUUGGACUUGCAGAACUUGAGGAUCCUUUUGCCGGUCGGAACCUCCACCAACAAGAGGCUGCCUCCAGGCACAAUUGUGUCACUCUGGAUUGCAGCGCCGUACAAGCUGACCGCUUCGAAGGACAAGGUCAUUGUCAAUGGGAAGCAAGUGACGGUCGCAGACGCGGUCGCCAGCCUCAAGUCGAACUCCGUUUGGGAGCACAUCCCGCCUUCCUUCACCCAAGGUUCCCUCCCAUCGGCCGGUCUGAAACCUAACCAGCCGAUGGUUUGGGUUCCAGGAGAUGACGCGUCGGUCGUGAUGGCCCAGCUCAACAAGGCCACGGAUGCUUCUUGGAGGUGGGUGAUGAAAAAUGGCAGCAAAGGGAGUCUCACGCCGGUCAAAGCUUGCCUAGUGAUCGACAAACAGCUGAUCAUUCCCGGCAAGCCGGGACAUCUCGGCUUGCUUGUCGGUCGCGAAGUCGGUCACUGA